GCCAACGAAAGGCUUGUGGAAGUGAUUGUUGAUCGAGAAGUGACAGACAUGAUUCCCCAAUUAAUUGAAAUAUUGACGGACCAUUGCCCAAAUGUUUCUUAUAUCAAAAUUUUCUUGCGAGAUGUGGAAAAAAUCAAACUAUUAUUUUCGCGUAUCGCCUCCUCAAAACUUAAAAAGCUUGUCAUUCGCACGAAUGGUGUUGAUGCCACCGAAAUUCUACCGUCGUUAUCCAAGCUCGUGCCAUUAUCCUUGUACCAACUUGAUAUGGACGUAAGGAUUUCACCAAAUUCACUGCAAUCAUUCUUAAAUAAUUGUGAAGCGCCAAUAAAAACUUUAAUUAUGACUUUUGGACGCGUUGGAGACGAGCAUAUGGAGGUUCUUAUGAAAUAUGCGCUAGAAAGGAAAAGUCUGAAAUCUUUCGGGUUCAUGUACGAAUCGGGGUGGGGUGAACUGAAGGUUUCAGAAGAGGUUGAAAAUAGAGCGAAGGAGAUCUUUGACCUUCCCGAUUUAUUUGACCCCAAUGACUUCUAUUUUCAAUAUUCCGAUAAUGAGGUCGACGAUUCAGGAUGGUAA